AUUGAUGUCGAUGUAACUGUAACUGAUAUGACAUUAAUGCCAUAAGAUGAGAUGCAAAAGACUAAUGCUAACCCUAUUAGGUGCAUAUUGGGUCAAGAAAUUGAUGACUCCAUUUAUGAGAGAUGGACAAAGAUGAGAUUGGUGGGAUCUCUGCUUGAAUAUAAUUUCAACCAUGAGUCCCACCAAUCUCAUAUUUGUGUCUUUCUCUCUACAAAUGAAAUCCUCCAUUUCUUUUGAGAAAUGAAGAGGAUCCCAACACAUAUUUAUAAUUCACUCAUCGUGUCUAAUCUCAAACUACCAAAUUACUUGAGAUAACUUUUGUUGCGAACAUGGCUUAGGAUACAAGAAAAGAACCUAUCACUGUAUUUCUAAAUUAGUCUUGAACUAGUUAGAUUGAGAUUUAUGUGUUGUGUGGUUGUAAUACUGUUUAUUUAUUUAUUUUAUUAGACUAAAAAUUAAAAUGAUAUGUUAAAUUAAACAAUUGAUGCAUAUUUCAAAUAGAAGCAAUAUGAUUAAGAUGGUAAUGGUAUUUUAAAGUAGAAAUAUGGUAGCCAUUUAUUUUUAUGCUUUUGAUGGCAUCGUUGUGUUCAUUUUUUAUUUUAUUUUUUUUUAAUUCCUUUUCUCCUUUUGCCUUGCAUGCACAAUUGUUGUUAUAGAUUUUAAUCUGAGUUUUGUUGGAUGUGUUCCUCAAUUAAACUCCAAAUGAGGUUUGUCUCUUCAUUGGAGAUGUUAUUUCAUGUCUUUAUUCCAUUACUUAUAAGGGCGAACUAAAUUAGUCACAUGUCAACUAAAAUGGGGUGGUCCAAGUGAUAAACAACUUGGUUAACUUAAACAUGUGAUCAGGAGGAGUGUCUUAAGCAUGUGAUUACAAAUGCCAAUAUCUAGUUUGGCUAAACUCACGAAUCUCUAUGUCCUUUUAAAUAUGUCUAUUAUUAUUCUAAUGUCAAUUAUCUUUUUCUUGUCAAGUUCUUACUAGACCAAGAAUUUUAUAGAUAUAUUAAUUAUAAUGAGUGACUGAAAAACUACUCCCAGUGUGGAAAACUUACACAUAUUCAUCUCUCGAGACGUUGAUUCAUUCUGAAGCCGAAAAUCAUCUUUAGCCUGAUACUGGUGACCACUAUUGCUUUCUCUACAAAGGUGCUUCAAUCUUAUAAACUAGCACAUUGUUAUUCAGUUUCAAUGGAAGAUUUUUCACAAAACUCAAAAUGGAAGUAUCAUGUUUUCUUGAGUUUUAGGGGAGAAGACACGCGCUUAGGCUUCACCGAUCACCUAUAUGCAUCCUUGGUGCGCAAGAGUAUAAUAACGUUCAGAGAUGAUGAAGAACUUGCAAGAGGUGAAGUCAUCUCACAAAAACUCCUCCAUGCAAUCGAAGAAUCUCUCUCAGCAAUUGUUAUAAUCUCUAAAAACUAUGCUGACUCAGCUUGGUGUUUGGAUGAGUUAGUCAAGAUUCUCGAAUCCAAACGGUUGUUGGGACAACAGGUGUUCCCAAUCUUCUACGGUGUAGAUCCCUCUGAUGUAAGGAAUCAAAGGGGAAGUUUUGCUGAGGCUUUUAAGAAACAUGAAGAAAAAUUUAGUGAAAGCAAAGAGAAGGUGCAAAGGUGGAGAGAUGCAUUGAGAGAGGUUGCCAAUUUCUCAGGGUGGGACUCUAAGGAUCAACAUGAAACUAAACUCAUUGAAGAAGUUAUUGCACAAGUAUGGAAAAGACUAGAACUCAAGUUCCCAUCCUAUAAUGAUGGUCUGGUUGCAAUUGAUGUAAGAUUGGAAGAACUAUAUUCAACUCUGAAGCUAGGACUGGAGGAUGUUCAUUUCAUAGGGAUAUGGGGUAUGGGCGGGAUAGGAAAAACAACUCUUACUACAGCUCUCUUCAAAAAAAUUAAAAGCCAAUUUGAUGUAAGUUGCUUCAUUACCAAUGUCAGAGAGGGAACUGAACUUGUGCAAGGUAUAGUUUUGAAAUCAUCGCCAUCUACGCUGUAUGAAGCACAUUGGGACCCUGAGGCGUUCUCAAAGAUGGGUAAUCUUAGGUUACUCAUUAUAUUAUGUGAUUUGCAUCUUUCCCUUGGUCUGAAAUGUCUUUCUAGCUCACUAAAAGUGCCUGUAUGGUGGGGAUAUCCACUGAAUUCUCUACCAGUUGGGGUUCAACUAGAUGAGCUUGUAAAUUUACAAAUGAUCAACAGUAAAGUUAAACAGUUGUGGAAUGGAAAUAAGUAUUAUGGAAAGCUGAAAGUAAUUGAUUUGAGUAACUCUAAAGAUUUACGUCAAACUCCAAAUGUCUCUGGAAUUCCAAAUCUUGAAGAGCUGUAUCUUAAUGAUUGUACAAAACUUGUUGAAGUUCACCAAUCCAUCAGACAACAUAAAAAACUUAGAGUGUGUUUGGAUGGGGGAAUGUUUUGAGGGAAUGUAUUGUUUUGAGGGAAUUCAAAUACUUUGGGGUGAAUUCCAUUGU